AUGGAUUCACCGCUGCUGCUCGCUCUGUCGUCGCUGCUCCUGAUCCUAGCCCUUCACCCGGCGCGCCUCGCCCUGCUCGGCAAGAGACUCCCGAAAUACCCACCUGUGGCCGGCACCAUGCUCCACCAGCUGCUCAACCUGGUCCGCCUGCCGGAGUACAUGACGGAGCUCUCCCGCGGGCACCGCACCUUCCGGAUGCUCACCCCGACCUGCAACUACGUCUACACCGUCGACCCGGCCAACGUCGAGUACAUCCUCCGGACCAACUUCGCCAACUACGGCAAGGGGACCAUGACCCAUGACGCGUUGGAGGACCUCCUCGGCGACGGGAUUUUCAACGUCGACGGCGCCAAGUGGCGGCACCAGCGGAAGGAGGCCAGCUUCGAGUUCACAACCCGGGCGCUCCGGGAGUACAGCAGCGGCGUGUUCCGCGACGUGGCUGCCGAGCUCGCGGGCAUAUUGGCCGCCGCCGCCGUCGCCGGGGAGAGGGUGGACAUGGAGGGUCUGUUCAUGCGGUCGACGCUGGACUCCAUUUAUUUUCAAGAGGAUUGUAUAUUAUCACUGAAAUUUUUACCGCUGCUGCUGGCCGCGCUGUCGUCGGUGCUCCUCCUAGCCCUGUACCUAGCGCGCCUAGCCCUGCUCGGCAAGAGGCGCCGGAGCUACCAACCCGUGGCCGGCGCCAUGCUCCAGCAGCUGCUUAACUGGGGCCGCCUGCCGGACUACAUGACGGAGCUCUCCCGCAGGUAUGGCACCUUCCGCAUGCUCACCCUGAACUGCAACUGGGUCUUCACCGUCGACCCGGCCAACGUCGAGUACAUCCUCCGGACCAACUUUGCCAACUACGGCAAGGGGGCGAUGACCCAUGACGCGCUGGAGGACCUCCUCGGCGACGGGAUCUUCAACGUCGACGGGGCCAAGUGGCGCCACCAGCGGAAGGUCGCCAGCUUCGAGUUCACCACCCGGGCGCUCCGCGAAUACAGCAGCGGCGUGUUCCGCGACAUGGGUGCCGAGCUCGCUGGCAUCGUGGCCGCCGCCGCGGCUGCCGGGAAGAAGGUGGACAUGGAGAACCUGUUCAUGCGGUCGACGCUGGACUCGACUUUCACCAUUGGGUUCGGGGUCAACCUAGGCUCGCUGUCCGGGUCCAACCAGGAGGGCGCGGCGUUCGCCAGGGCGUUCGACGAAGCCAGCGAGCAGUCGCUGUACCGCUUUUUGGACCCGCUGUGGAAGGCCAAGAGGCUCCUCGGCGUCUCGUCGGAGGCGGCCAUGAAGCGGUCGGUGCGCACCAUCAAUCACUUCGUGUACACCGUCAUUGACAAGAAGAUCGAUCAGAUGGGCAGAAAUCAACAGGAAUUCGCCAAGAAAGGGGACAUACUGUCGAGGUUCCUGCUGGAGAGGGAGAAAGAUCCCGGCUGCUUCGACAACAAGUACCUGCGGGACAUCAUCCUCAACUUCGUGAUCGCCGGCCGCGACACCAUGGCGGGGACGCUGUCGUGGUUCCUCUACGUGCUCUGCAAAGACCAGCGCAUCCAGGACAAGAUCGGGCAGGAGGUGCGGGAGGCCACCACCGGCGACCACCAGGACGUGGGCGGCGUGCAAGAGUUCACGGCGUGCCUAACCGAAGACGCCAUCGGCAGCAUGCACUACCUCCACGCCGCGCUCACGGAGACCCUCCGGCUGUACCCGGCGGUGCCCAGCGACGUCAAGUGCUGCUUCUCGGAUGACACGUUGCCGGACGGGCACGCCGUGAGGAGAGGGGACAUGGUGAACUACCACCCCUACGCAAUGGGCCGUAUGAAGUUCCUGUGGGGCGACGACGCCGACGAGUUCAGGCCGGAGAGGUGGCUCGAUGACGAUGGUGUGUUCGUCCCGGAGAGCCCCUACAAAUUCACGGCUUUCCAGGUGGGGCCUCGGAUCUGCUUGGGAAAGGAGUUUGCCUACAGGCAGAUGAAGAUAUUCGCGGCUAUGCUUCUCUACCUCUUCAGGUUUGAGAUGUGGGAGCGCGACUCGACGGUGGGGUACCGCCCGAUGCUCACCCUCAAAAUGGACGGCCCGCUCUAUGUCCGCGCGUCGCCCCGACGAUCAACCGGGAACUAG